AAUUAUCGCGAAAACGGAGGAGGAAUCAAUGAAUAAACGAAGAAGAGUUUAAAAACAUGCCUACACGCAUGUUUUCGUCCGCCAUGGCGAAUGUUCUGGUUAACUGCCGGAAGGCCGCUCGCAAGGGUGUAGUCUUAGUUUUUUUCAUCACCAUCUGAAAAAAGUCCAUUUUUUUACCGCAAAUGUUAAAAUUUGUUUUACGUAUAGAAUAUGAAUUAAAUGAUCAAAAUGAAACAAUGAAUUUCUUUCAUACAUAUUAAUACGUAUGGUAUACAUUUCAAUGGCAAUUUUAGUUCAGUGAUGAUGUCUAUAUCAGUGUAUUGUGUUAGGUAAUUUAGUUUUUCUUGCUGUAGGUACUAUUAACCUCCUUUUAUGCUUAACAAAAAUAAAACAUAAAGUUCUACUUGGUUUUAAUUAUUUUGCGAUGCAUUCACAGUAAUUUUAUUUCAGUCUUAAAGGUAGGGCACAGGAUGUAUGUGAAAAUCAGAUAGAUAUAUACGCGGAUUGACGACUAUAAUACGCGCAACAAUAAACAACGUUCAGGACGCUACCAUUAACAUGAUUAGAUAAGUGUCAAACAAUAAGCAAGCUGUAGUAAGAAUGAAAGAUAUUCUACUACCAGUAGUCACACUCGUGAGCUUCGUUCCACAAGUAGAACGUACGGAGCGAUAAUAUUGUCGUUAUAAAUAGAAGCUCUGACACUGGUACAAAAGAUGACACCUUUAAAUCGUCUUAUAUCGCUCAGCGAUUGCACCGCAGUGGUUCGGCUAGAACAAGGCAAAUUAUUAACUGCCGAAGAUGAUACGAUUCAAAUUCUUAACUAUCGGCUCGAGAAGGUCCCUGGCCAGCCGGGUUUCCUAGGAGAAUACGCCCACCUGAUCGUUACAGUGAAAGUGAACGGUAAAAGCAAAGAGUUGAAUUAUUUCGUGAAAUGUCUACCCUACACAGACCCGAAACAACGAGAGAUAAUACAGGAGAUCGGUGUUUUCAAAAAAGAAGCUGACUCCUAUCGGGAGCUGUUCUCUGCGUUCAGUCAGGAUCCGAGCCGGGUCUCGAAGUGGCACCCAUCUUGCUGGUUGGCACGGGAUGACAUCCUGGUGAUGGAGGAUCUUCACAGCAGUGGUUAUAGACCGAUGCCUUGGCGAAAAGAUUUCGGAAAAGCGCAUUUACUGACUAUUUUCGAUGCCCUAGCGCAAAUGCAUGCUUGCUCGCUAGAUUUGGAGUUCAACCAAAUGGCCGGUAAAAGAUUGGAUGCUAAAUUUGGAUCCAUGUUGACUGAGAACACAUUCAUGAAGGAGAGCACGUGGUUCACAGUUGGUUUGAAGGGGAUUUUUAAAGUGGCACUGGAAGGUUCCAGAUAUGCUCGAACAGCAGCGUACAAAACAAGAAUGGCAUCAGAGAUGCUAAAUAAAAUGGAACGAAUUUUUGAGCUGUCGAAGCCUACGGAUCGCUUUCAGUCCGUCAUCGUUCACAGGGAUCUGUGGUUCAAUAACAUGAUGUUCAAAUUCGACAAUGACCCCCUCACUGGGACGAUCGAUUACGACAAACCGAAAAGUUGCAUCCUAAUAGAUUUCCAGAUUGCCCGGUAUUUGCCACCGGCAAUAGAUUUUCUGUGUACGAUUUAUCUUCUAACUCGGCGGUGCCAUCGCGACGAACACUACGAUUUCUACAUGGAAUAUUACUAUCGACGACUGAGUGAAAAAUUACAGCUGCUGAAUCUCGACAUAAAAGUACUUCUACCGUGGAAACAAUAUGUAGAGAGCCUGGAGCACUACCGACUGGUAGGACUUCUGUGGUCGGGGGUUUUACUAGCCUUCGUCAACCUGCCGGAAGGAUUUCUCGGAGAUUUACACGUAACGGAUGUGGAUGCUUACCACGAGUUCUGUCUCGUUAGCCGUGAUGCCACUAUAAUGGAGUUCUUUCAGAAAGACUGCAACUACCGGGAACGGCUGCUGGAUUCCGUUGAUGAGACUAUUGAGUACUUGUUUGGAUUUGAGUAAUUAAUUAGUUUGUCGAAUUUAAUUAUUGUAUCGAACGUUGCAUAAUGUGUUGGCAGCUCCAACAAGUGUAAACAUAAUUGUUGUUAUAUUGUACUUCGAAAAUAAUGUGGAAUAUAGUACAAUAAUAGGAUUAUUUACUAAAUAUAUUAUGCAAGAAGAACACAGUUGUACUCACUAGCUAAUAUAAAUUUUUUAGAGUACCUCACAGGGUUUACACCAGUUAAAUCUUUAGUUGAGGCGAAAUGUUAAUUAUUGUAUCAACCUGGUUUAUUAGGAUUUACACUUUUAUUACACAAGGAGAUUCAUUCCAUUUAUGGGACGAUUUUCCAAUAAAUGAAAUACGGUCCAGCGGUCUCGCCGAAAUUUAUUCUUUAAAGUAAACAAAUAUCCUUUUACCUAGGUUUACAAUAAAAUGAGCUAUACAGUAAAUUGGUACUUGAUGAACAGUUUAACAAUGUAAUGCUUUUUUUGUAAUAUUUGCCGUAAAUUUUUAUCUGAGGACCUAACUCAUAGCGAAUUUCUUUAUUCCCAGAGCCAACCUGGGACUCUCUGGCAUCUCUUCUUUGCAUCGUAAAUCUCAAUAUCGUUUCUCUAUUCUUGCGUAGAUUUGCGCUGACUCAGUUUAAUGAAGAAAUUUGCUAACCGCAAGCACAAUCAAAAGUAUAAUAAAAUAAUAGAGUCAAUUCAUUUUUCGUGGAAAGUCAGUUUAUUGUUGCUUAUUCUGCGCUCAGCUAACCUAACUCCCGUAUCAUUGGAGGUAUUCGCAAACAGAGAUCUUGGCACUGUUGGACAAUAAUCAAAGCAUCGAAAGAAAGCCCGGUGCCGGACGGCCGAUAAUUCUGAGUGACAAGCAAC